AUGGGAGAAGACAUGUUCCAUUUACUGAAAUGGAAAAAUGAUCUAAACAUAGAAGAUAUUGUUCACACACUCAAAGCCAAAAAUCUGUUUCCCAGCAAAUUAAUCUGUCCAAACUGCACGAGUGACAUGGUUAUUCACAAGGAUAGUAGCAGGAAAGACCACUAUCGAUGGGUCUGCAGAAAAUGCCGAAAGCGUAAGCCCAUAAGAAUAAACACAUGGGCCUCAAACUACAGAAUCCCAUUUACAGAGCUCUACACUCUUGUUCGGUUUUAUGUGGAAGACGUGCCAGUAGAUGCUGCAGCUUAUAGACUGCAGCUUGACUAUGAAGUUGUCAAAACCCUAUUUGCUGAUCUUGACGGACUUCAGCCUGUAUUUGUAAAUAAAAUGUGCAAAAUUAUCGACAAGGAAGUAAAAAAUACACAAAUAAGGAACAGUUUAAACGUAACUAGGCAAAAUUUUAGAAAGCUUUCAAAAGUCUUUGUACUUUCCCGUGUAUUUAAUGUUGUUCUUGAGACUCUUCACGAAGAAAACCACCGUUGCAGAAAAAAUACGAUCGGUGGCAUUCUGUAA